AUGUCGAAAAACUAUUGUGCCGAACAGGUUUGUUUAUUCUAAGGUGCAAAUAGUUUUAGUAUGAAGAUGCCUUUAAUCCUCGAACUCUCCAGUGGUUUGGACCAACUAAGGAUUUACCAGAUGUAAGUCUGUCAUGUUGUUUAAUAUUUGAAUAUUAUAAUAUUAUGACAUGUAAAUCAUAUAUAUGCAAAUAUGCAAUCAAAUUCUACCGAAUAAAAAAAUAAUAAGCAAACUAAAGUAAUAUCGCAGGCAAAUUACAGCAUGCUUAUAAAUAUGGAUAACUUACCUGCGAUAUUCCUUUAGUUUUUUAUUGACAACAUUUGACUGCAUAGUUUAGCUUAAUAUAUUGGGUUAGGGUCGCCAUCGUACUCACGUGCUGAUUUCGCGAAGUCCGCCAACUAAUUUCGGGAUAUGUCUGCUUCGCGUGAUUGAAUCUGAAUUCCUAUUAAUAUGCGCGGUCGUCUUUUGAUAGUUAGUAUAUCAUUAUGGACACCUUGUAGGUAAAAAUAUAGGCUGUUAGGCAAUAGUGCUCCCAUCAACAAAUUCUUAUAGUCGAAUCGCAUUUGUAAUUAUAAACAGGUUGUUUCAACAUCUUUACUGCAGAACUGACAAAUCGCUAUACAGAUUGCUUUAAAACGAAAGGUGGUAAUCAUUAAGGGAAAUAAAGUGCCUACCAUUCAUCUAGCUGCCGAGUUACGGGUGUUCUGAUAAAACGACACGAUUUCCUUUGUCUCAAAGUGCGUCUUUUUCGGACCUCUAAGCGGUUUUUAAUUACUGUAGUUUUGGUUGACAGUUACCUACCUUCUCGUUAUUUGUAUUUGAUGUCAUAGUUCUCGUCCUAGUUAUCUAGAAUUUCCACUUCAGACGGUGUUGACAUGGUCAAAGCACAUUUUCGAUACUUUUGCCUCCACAGUCUCGUCGGUUGACAUGUAAUAAUCUGAUGUAGCCAGAAAAUGUUGUUUUGUUUUGGCCUGGUUCACAUGAAAAUCGACACCAAAUCGAGUUGCGUAGUACUGGCAGUUAUUGCACCCAAUAUAGACAACUGACAUAGUCUUAAGGCAGUGGACAGAUGAGGUAUCGAUAAAGGUUGGUGAGACUGGAUUUGCCAUUUCUGACUUAUGUAUCGUUGUCGGCCAUGCACGCCUCGACAUCAGCAUCAGCAUGGAUACUGAUCUAAGUAUUCCGUCAGGUCGUUAAAUGCCUCCCUCAAACUUUUUAUAUUCCCAUUUUCAUCCGACGGGAUACCAAACCCACGGCCUAGUUGUAGGACUUUUAAUUUAGUGCUCGGUGACCAAGGUGCGAGGGUUCGAGUCCCGAUUUAGCUUCACUUGGUUACCGAGCCAAAAAAUGACCACUAGAAUCUCUUUAUGUCUUUGCUGAUAUUCCCCUUGGAUUGAGAUGUGACCCCAUUUGGUUUUUUUUCUGCCAGCAUGCGAAGCACCGUACCGCACCCUCUAGGUUCAUCGCCAAUGAUCGUGGACACCUGAACGAGCGACAGGAUAGGCAUCCGGGCAGAAAUCCAUUCGGCAACUUUGUGGGCAACUGGGACACACCUUGUCAUCAUCCCGGCAACCACGUGGACAAUGUUAUCAAUCGCUCCAAGCCGGGCAUUCAAUACCUGCAGAAACAACGCGACCUCUACAAUGCUGCAAUUAGUGCAAAUGAAGCUAAAAACGAUAGGGUCACAGCGGCAGCCGUAAGAAACCUCCUUUCUCUCUAUUUGGCUGUUCUUUUUCCUGUGGAUCCAACCAUCAUAUUCGGUUUCUUUCAGUUAUGAUCAUUUUAUUGGCGAGUGUAAACUCACUCUCUUUUAACUCUAGUCUAUUUGACCUGGUCUCUCAUGAUCAUUCUACAACCCUGAAAUUAUGUGAACUGAAUCUUGUAAAAAACUUCCAUAAUAUAUGCCCUAAGCUUAACUGAUUGAACGGAUAACAUUUGGUGUCGAACAGGUUGCUUUUUGUAUAAUCUGGUGCUGUAUGUGCAUAAAGUUAAUUUUUUUGAUUUUUCGGGUAGGCUGUUUUCGAAAACUCCCAGAAAAGUUGAACUGUUAUAGGACUGUCGGGUUCGGUCACCUUCCUUUCAUGCUCUUUUCCUUACCCAAAUCUGAGCUGGCCUCAUAGAUACAUAGAUUUUUCGAUCCUCCGACGAGUUUAUUUGUCAGUUUCGUGUUGAAGUUCAUGAGAAUGAACUUUAGACCAAUCUCUCGGGAAUUUUCGUCAAACUCUCCUUGUUUUGGCGAUUUCUUAUAGCCUGAUAAUUUUAUUUUGGGAUCCACUCAGUCUGCCUCGCACAUUUUAGCCAAAUUCGAACUAGUUGAGAAGUGCGCAAAGUUUCGAUUAUUCUUUCGAACUGUAACAGACUGUUUAAUUUUUUCAAAAAGACAAAGUUGAACUAAAUCCGUUGUCCCAGUUCCCAGUCGUAAAUCCGAUCUAUUUUUUCCGUUGCAGUUGAAAAAGGAGGCUGGCAUAAGCUGA